UUCGCUUCAUUUCGCUUCAAAACCUCGUGACGAGCGGUUGCCGCGACUGCCGCGUUCGCUGUCUUUCCGAUUUCCUCAAAAACCAAGCCACUUUUGUAUCAAACUGCAACAUUUUUUUUCGAAGCAACACAAACAAUAACCUGUUAAGCAAAACAAAACACUACCAAGCCGCGCUAAUCAACCACAUAUAUAUAUUAUAUAUAUUUAUAUAUACAACACAACACAACAAGCCGAAAAUCACUUGAAAAAUAUUCUGUGUGUGGUGAAAAGUGAGUGUUUAUUUUUGGGAAAUAGAAAUAGUUUACCAAACCACAAUCGCUUCCAAUGGAAAUCAUGUGCCUACAAAUGCAAAUUGCUAUUUGAAAAAAAAAGAGUAAAAAGUCCAACUCAAGCCAAUCAAAUACAAAACGUGUUGGUUAAAAGUCAAAUAACAAAAAAAAAAAAAUAAAAUACAAAUUCAAAUAACAACAGUCUCUCUCUCGCGCACACAAAUAUUUUUAUAUAUAUGUACGUACAUAUAUAAAAUUGCAUAAAAAUAUUUUUUUACUCAAGACGAGACACACAGAUACAGAUACAUUCGCCGCACACAGGCGACGACGACGUGGCCCCCGCUUUCAGUGUGUUGGUGUAUCUGUGUGUGAUUGUGCGACGCCAGCAGCGCAGUCGACGUCGCUGCUCCAACAACAACAGCAACAACAACUACUACAGCAGCAGCAGCAGCAACAACAACAGCAACAGCAAUAGCAACAACAAUUUACCAUUGCCGGUCGCCAAAGUUGAUUAUUAUUAUUUUUUUGGCACGCCAACAAUACCAGCGAAUAUAAAAUAAAACGAGGCUGGGCGAAAAAUAAUAACAAAAUCAAACAACCGUCGCCGGCGUCGUUUUUGUGUUAAUUGAAUUUACUUUUGUGAAUGAAAUGCGAAAGAAAGCAAAGCGAAAAAUCAUCGUUAAUAAAUGCUAAAUAAAUCGAGCAGUCGCGAUCGCGAGUAAGUCGAAUCUAAAGAACCCCCGCUCCAAAACGCCAUUGGAUUAUAACCAAAAAUCUUAAGCUACAUAUUUUGGAUACACGACGAAGCAAAAAAAAAUAAGGAUUACACAACAUAUAAUACAGCACACACAUUUAUGGUGAUAAAUUACGGAAUUUGCACCACGGAUUGCUUUUGAAAAUCAAUAAAGCAAUCGCUGCAUUCAGCUGUCUGAAUCUGCGAAAGGAUGAAGGCAGACCGAGCUGAGUCCGGGCGCAGCAACUACGAUCGGCGGCAUUGAGGAUCUCGGAUCCGGAUCCGGAGGUGGAGGUGCGUUCCCGAUUCCGAGGUGGAGCGAGGAGCGAGGAGCGUGGAGCAGCGGAGGAGCCGGAGGAGUGGAGCAGUGGAGGAGUGCAGCUGGGGGAGGAGGAGGAGUCCUGGUUACAACACUACAUGGAUCGCAGAAAUGGCGGCGAUCCCUUGGCGCCACCCCGGCCCCCGAAGUUAUUACCCCGUGUGCAUCGACCAAGGGCGCCGGAGCCGACAUUGAGUGGCGUCGAUCAAGGAGUGGGUGCAUCAUCAUCAGCAGCAGCGACAACAAUCCAUAACAACAAUUCACAGCAGCAACAACUUAGUAUUACAGCGAGCAACAACAACAACCACAAUAACAAUAACAACAAUACGAUAUCGAUAAUACCUGCAUCGGCGGACUUUGACGACUAUCAGAUCCACCACUUGACCUUCCUGCCGCAACGUCCUAGCAGUCUGAGCCGCAACAGCAGCACGGCCUCCUCGACGACGGGCAUCAGUUCGGGAUCGGUGUCUGGUUCCAGUUCGAGCUUCACGCGAAGACGACCGCCGGCACCUGCUCCGCUGCUGGCCAGCAACUACAGCAGCAGCCUAAACAACAACUUCCUUAGUCAUUUCCAAAGCGCUGAGCCGGCGAGCAACGCCCUGGGCCAGCCGCCCGCCUCUCCCGUCACACUGGCUCAACCGCGACCCGAAUCCGAAAGGCUAACCAACGAGUAUGUGGACACGCCGCUGCAACAUGCGACGCGGUCGCAGCAUCCGGCUGGCCAGCAGGAUAAUGGCCAGACAACCACCCACCAUCUAUUGCUGCUGCCGCAAAGGAACCAGCACCUGCAGCAGCAGCUGCAGCAACAGCAACUCCUGCAGCAACAUCAGCAGCAACAGCAACACCAGCAACAGCAACAACACCUGCAGCAACAUGCAACGCGACUGGCGACGACGACGCAGGCGACGUCCCUUGGAAGCGACCACACCGACGGCUUACUACAUUCGCACCUGCACACUAGCCCAAAAGCACCACCACCACCACUACCCGCCUCGAAGCAGCCACCCAGAUUGGGUUUGGGAUUGGGUCUGAACCAGCCCAUCAUCACCAAACAGCCGGGUGUGGCGGCGCAAAAAGAGCACAUGCAUGCGUUAGAGGAACUACUCCAGAACGGAGGUGGAGUGUCCGGCAGCGGGGGACCCCUGGUGAUGGCCGGCGAUCCCAGCCUGCUCAACCCCAAUCCCAUAGUGUGUCCCCGUUGCGGACGCUGCCGCUGCGAGCAGUGCCAGAGCCCCAGGCCCUUGCCACAGACAUGGGUGUGCAACCAGACGUGCCUGUGCAGUGCCGAGUCGGUCAUCGAUUACGCCAGUUGCCUGUGCUGUGCCAAGGCCCUGUUCUACCACUGUGCCCGGGACAACGACCUGGACUGCGACGAUGGCAACGGCACGCCCUGCGUGGACAAUCCCUGCUCCUGUGGACCCUACAAGCGGACGCAGCGAUGGGGCUGGCUGGGAGCCCUCUCCAUCUUCCUGCCCUGCCUGUGGUUCUACUGGCCCAUGCGGGGUUGCAUGAAGCUGUGCGAGAAGUGCUACGGCCGGUUCGCGGGCCGAGGAUGCCGGUGUCAGGGCAUCGGUGGCGGCGGCGGCGGAGCAACAACGGGAGGAGCCAACGGCAUUGGGUCCACCAGCAGCAUGCUGCCCAUAGUGCCCCUGGCCAUCAAUGGCAGCAAUCUGGGUGGCAACGGGGUGAGCCUCUCCGGCGGAGCGACAGACGGCGGACUUGGCCAGACCAAUGGCAAGGCCAUGGAGCACGGAUGCAGUGCCGCCAGGAGCAUACUGCGCAAGGGGGAUCUCACGCCGGAGAAACGACUGCUGGACUCCAGUCCCGACUACUAAGUUGAGCCACUUUUUGUGCCCGGUUUUUCCACGAGCAAAAAUCACCAAAGCACAAAAAGGCAAACCUAAACAACAUCGAGGACAUAUACACCCCAUAUAUAUAUAUAUAUAUAUAUAUACGGAAAAUAUUUAAUAUAUGAUUUAAAAAUGAGAGGAUACAUAAAAAAGAGGAAGG